AUGUAUCCUCACCACAGAGAAAGGUAAGAACACCCGAGGGUACAUUUUUACAAAUACAGAAAAUUAAGCUUGAUUUUUUUGUACUUGUGUUUUAGAUGUCCACUGUCUCAUUUAAGUAAAAUGUGAGAUGAAAACUUAAACAUGUAAAAAAAAAAAAAACUAGUCAUUUUUGUGUAAUCAGGACCCAAAUAAGAUCAAUGUUUUUUAAGUAUUUUUUUCAUUCCUACUUCAGAUAUUCCUCAAAAUUAUCCUGGAUUUGUUAGAUUAAAAUUAUAAGAAUAAAAGCUUAGUUUUGGAUAAUUAAUCAUCUCACAAUUCCUCUUUUUUAUCUCAUAGUUUAUACCUGAAUGAUAUUUUUUAUCAUCAAGGUUUUUUUGCUUUCUUUUUCUUUUUUUCAUUCACUCCCCUUCUCUUUGAGAGAAAUCUAGCGGUUUUUCACCCUGGCACAGGUUCGGCAGUAGCAUCUCAGACUUGAUGAAUCUGUUAAAUUAAGUCGAUAUUCUUCUGUAAUGUUUUUCCUGUGUUUGUGGCCCCAGAGUCUCUGAUUAUUUGACCCAUAAUUCUCAGUAAUGCCUCUGCUCGGGUUGCCUUUUAUUGCAGUUGCGAUUAAAAAGGGGCCCAGGAGUGAUUGUGCAGAGGAUCAUAGCAGGCAGAAGUGUAUGAAAUUGUUCAUUUCCUUUUAAUUAAUGGCAAAACUUCUUUCUAGUUAGUGAAAUAUGUGUGUGGUAAUCAGGAAAAACAAAUAUGUUUUUAUUUUGUAGAGCUGUCUUUUUAAAGAUUAAUUAUUAGGAUUAGGGUUUCCUUUCAUUCAUUCAAAAAACCAGUCUGUCUUUAAUGUGGAACAUCUGUUUGGAGAAGAUUUAGAUAGAUCGUCCAGAGGGAGACAGGAGAAACCCACUGAAGCAGAUUGUGGAUGCUGGUAGAUUGUGGUCAGAAUUAGUAAGGUCAUUCAUCCUGAGGUACAACCAAGAUCUCCAUCCAAUCACCACCAGGCUUCAUUAUGCUUAGAGUCCCCCCAUUAAGCCCUGUAGGCCACAUCCAUCUGCUGUGGAUGAAGGUCGAAUAGCUGAGCAUCCUACUGAAGAGCCAAACAGGAACACAUACUAUUCCUACCCGCUAUUACCACCGAAGUCUCUACAUCAAUUUCCUCACACCAGAAAGCCUUGACAUUGUCAGGUACACAUGCAUAUUUGAAUCUAUUAACUCGGAAGGACCUCAUUUAUGUUAUGCAAUUCCAAACGUUUAAACUAUUCCUAAAAAAGUACUUGUUCUAUUAUUUUAAAAACCUGCACCACAAAGUAGACUUUUAAGUCUGUUAAAAUGUAAAAACAAUCCAAAAUAUACUUAAGUUCCAAAAAGUCCUCAAACCAGAGCUUAAAAAUCAGUAGUCUCUACAAAGAUAGCUGUACAAGUUAUCCUCACACACACAUCCACUUGAAGCCAGUGCUCUUCUGUUCAAACAUGCACUGUACUCCAAAUUACAGACUUCUCCUGUCUUACAGAGCUCUAACUGUACAUGUGGUAUGUGUAAGAUUGUGACAUACUACUGCACCGUACUGUAAAAUACUACUUGACCUUCAAUACUGAACUGAACAUUCAUCUGUAGCAGUCUGUUAAGAAUCCAGUUGUGGGUCAGAUGUUAGAAAAUACUGGUUUAAGAGCAACUAGAUGAGUCAGACGUUUGAUAUUUCUGUAAUACUACUUUGACAUAAAUGCACUCUACCUGCUCGGUCAUUAUCUGCAUCUGCCUCUGAGAGUGAUUCCAAGUUUUUCCUGGUCAGUUAAGGCAACAUUGAAGCUGGUCACGUAGCUCUGGUGCCUCAGAUACCACAAACAGAUACCAAACCUUGGGCAAGGGCAAAGCUUUGUUGUAAAAGUACGGCUCUCUUUUCCUCGACCAUUAUGACAGCUUGAUUAAGAGACUAAAGACUUAUCACAGGCCUCAUUUUUCAUUCACUGUAACAAUUUUAAACUUCAUCAGUUCUAAUAAAGGCAUGCCGAAGCACUAGAAAGUUAAGUGAUAUGGUGAUAAAUGUAAAGUAAUGACCCUUGCACACAGUUGAUAACAAUUAGCACAUAAUAUAUUGUUGCACAUCAGAUAUAUUAGGGUUUUUAAAGGGUCGGCCUAGAAGACAAGGAAUCUGGAGAGAAGACUUCAGUGAUAUAUUUUCAAACUCUGAGCAAAUAAAAAAAUACCUGAGAAAACAAUGAGCAGAGGAAUUGAUCAUACUGAUUGCAGACUAACUUGAUCAAGACUGAAAUCAGAACUAGUUUUAAAUCUGAGUCUUGCAAGUUUGACGUCUUACAUGUCAAGUUCUAACAUAUCUGCAAUAACAGGGGUCCAAUAAUAUUUUAACUGUAUAUACAUGGCUCAUGUCACAUUAUUUUCACUCCCUCCAAAAACUGAAUUCAGUUUUUGAAACUGUAAACUUUUACAAGAGUGUAUUAUAUAUAUUUUUUUAAAAACUUACCCUCAUCCUUUGAAAACAAACUGUUGCUGCGGUGGGAGUUGUAAGAAAAUGACCCUGGUGAUUUUUAUUUUUAAUCUGAGCUGUUAAUUGUCAUCCCAAGAACUACUCUAAACUAACCCAGACAGAAUAUUUUAUUGAAAAAGGAAAUGUAGUCUACGUUUUGAUCAGAUUCAUUGGGUAAUUUGCUUUGUUCACAAGAUUCAGUGCAUUGUCCCAUUUGACACACGCACUGAUGGCAAUUUUCAAGUGACAUUUUGAAUACAUCCUGGCCAGAAUGGUUGUAUUACAAUGCAGCACAGUAACCAACAACAACAACAACAACAACAACAAAAAACCCUGACAUGAUUGAAUUAAGUCAGUCUAUCUUGUAACCUGCUGCUCACUACUUGCCAUUGAGGGCUUUCUUAGCAAUACAACCAUCAGGUAUUCAUCAACCAACUCGUCAUGGGUCAAAGGUGUCUCUGCUGUUGUAGUCGCUCUGUCUAAAGUACCAGCAAUGGUAUGAAUUUGAAAAGAAAUGCUUUAAACUGCCCUCUUUGAGUUGUCUCUAAAUAUUCUUGUCAACAUCCCACAGCCUGUACGGAGCUGUGUUUAUUCAGUCUGUGUAAAGUAUAAAAUUAGUUCUCAUUAUGUGAAAAGGAUUUCAGCUCGUGAUUUUUUGGGGAAAUGCUGUUACAAUCACCACUUUUGUCUCUCCUUAAACUCAAAAAAUAACCGCCUGUCAAAACAAAGUAGUUCCCCUGACAUGUUGAACCACUGAAAAAUGCUGUAAACAGGCCUCAGCAGCUAGGACCAUAUUUCCAAUGUUAAAAUCCUGGUUAGUGCUCCCUUGACAUGGUCAUAGAGUUUGAAAGAUAAGAGGAUUAAGUCCAAGGCUGCUGUUAAAUUGUGUCUUGAGAAUAAAAUAAUGUAUCAUGGCAGUAAAACAGAGCUUGACUCAAGAAAAGGAGUAAAAGUCAGGAUAUUUCUACCUCUGCUGCUUUAAAUCAGAUUAUUAUAUUGGUUUAUGUAGUUUCACUUAAGCUUUAUAUACCUCAGAACUCAACAAACCAGCAAUAUCAUGUUUUAAUUUUUGUACACCACGCCUGGUCUACCCUUGUUUUCUAACAGGCCAGAUUAACCUGCCAAAUUAUAAGGUUAUUGAGGCAUAUAAUCCAAGAUGUCUGCCACUGGUCAGGAGUGUUCUGGAUUAGCUGUUUUGUAGGUAACAAACCAUGGACACAUUGUUCAAGUUGUGUUAAUCAGGUUUGAAAUGGCCUGUGAAUCAUGUCAUCACAAUGAACUAGAGGCCUUACAGGAUAUUGGAUAAUUAGUCUUGUGGCCUACCAUGCCAUCAAAAGGUUUGUUUGCUUAGAUUGGCUGUAAAAGUACAAGAAGUUUAGAAGGACCAAAGCCAGCCAUGAAAGCAGUUUGGGUGGCUAGAAGUUCAUUUUCAUGGUCUAAAGAGGGACUUUUAUAACACCUGCCUUGGUUAUCUUCUUGAGUGGCAUCACAAACAAGUCAAAUUUAAUUGCAACUCCUCCUCAGGUUCAUCUUACAUGAGCAGUAAAUUUAUAUCCUCAGAAAGCCAGAGCACUAAUCUCAGUCUCAUCUAAGACUCAUCCCAGGCUCCUGUCCUCAGAAAGUGUAUCAGUGUUUGCAGCAGGAGAUCCAAUGACAGCAGGGAGGAUUACUGUGAGAUGAGGAGCAGAAUUACACCUGGGUUAUUAUCUGACCAGAGCAGGUCAGCCGCCCAAAUGCCACUGCUCAUAUCAGCGUCUUUACAGAGCGUUCAUGAAUUUCAGUCUAAGUAGGAGUCAAUAGAAUGUGUCUUUAUUAUGAUGAAAACAGAAAAACCAUUACUGCAUUUGUGCGUCGCUAAUGGGGCCAGAUAUAAAUGUACGAUGACUGGACAAAAUAAUACACAUCUAUGGGGAGCAGCUGCAAUUCUACAUCCAAGUGUCCUGGUUUUUACCACUUGUUUUUAGAUUGGUGCUAAUACGAAGAAUCCUUUUCAUGAGAUGUAAAUGAGCGGCUAAUCAAAAGAUAUACUAUAAACCCUUUUUAUUUAGAGUCUGAUCAAUGUUGGUGUUGUACAUAUAAAACAUUAGCUCUGGACUCAUUUGGGUCCACUUUGAAUCAGAAACAUUACUAUAGUUUUUGUUGAGUCAUUACUGCUGUUAGCAAAGUUAGCAGACUUGUAUAAAGAAGGUAAGGUCUGUGUAUUGGUUCACACCAAUCUGUCUACUGGAACAUCUCAAAAUGUAUUUGUUGAUGCGAUGCUGUGAAUUUUAGCUCUCCUGGUUCACAGAGGAUGAGUUUGAUGAGAUAUUUGGUGGUACCUUGUCUGGAGCAAUCCCAAAACUUUUUUUGUAACAGAAUAUUGUCUAAUGACAUCACUUAUCUUGAAAAGCAAGAAUGAAAAUGGCUGACUGCUAGCUUUACAUUCAGAUAUGCUUUCUUUGCCUGAGACCCAAUACUUGCACAACAUUCCUAUUAGCUUCAGCUGUUCUUUGCUUUUGCAGUUGACCCUUUAUGCUGACAAUACUCUGUAAAAUAGUAAAACUGCUGAAUGUCAUGUGAUGCUAAAUGUUGGCAUUUACCAUUUAGCAUCACUGUCCCAAUCAUAGACUGUAUAUAGAAUGGACGCCAUCUGCCUCCUCACUGGGUGAAGCCACCAUAAGAACAGCACCCUCUGGCUUCAGUAUAGGUCAUAAAUUGACCUGUCGACAAACUUUAGAAAAUAAACAUUUUCCCCCCAAUUCUUCAGCAGCUACGUUGGCUCCCAGUCACUGACAGCAUCAUUUUUAAGAUUCUGCUUCUGACCUUCAAAGCCAUCCAUAACCUUGCCUCUCCAUACCUUUCCAUCCCAUCUCGCACUCUCAGGUACUCUUGCACUCUCCAGCUCACUGUCCCAACUGCCUGUUUGACCAUCAUGUGCUCCAGAAGCUUUAACCCAUAGACUAUAUAUAGAAUGGCGCCGUCUGCCUCCUCGCCACCGCUAGAAUAGCACCCUCUGGUAAUGGGCAGCAGUAUAGGUCAUAAAUCCCACCUUAUCCAGCGAUCCCUAUGGCGCUGUGGACAAACUUUAGAAAUUUAUUACACAAAAUAUACAUUUUUCUCCUCCCUGCUUGUGAUGUUGACAUGUAGUUACUGUAAGACUGGUUUUUGCUCAAGUUCCCUUUUUUCUGUACUACUCCAUUUUUAAACGUUAUAAAGGGGUUUGUGUUUUCUAUGAUUGACACUUGAUACAGCUUAUGGGUGUACAAAGAUUGCAUAGCUCACCCAGGGGAUACGCUGUUUGAGCCGAGCGUCAUCACAGCAACUCUCGGCGACUCUCCCACUGAAUGCGUACAAUGCUACUGCGCAAUGUUGGUUUCAGGAAGUGGAGAAAAAAACGGAAAUACUAAGAGCUUUUUGGCAUUAAAUCUGUAUAUUGGCGGAAGGCCGAACCAAGUUGUCCAUGGUAUAUACAGUCUCAAGUGGUUGCAUGCAUGGCUGUACUAUGUCUUAGUUUUUCUUAUUUAAACUUGGAUAUUAUAACCAAGUAGAAAUCACUAACAGUUGGACACCCAACACCAUUGCUCCUCAAAGUGUGGGGUAUGCCCUGCUGAUGAGGAAUGGAGACAUGAAAGGUGGGGCGUGACAAAGGGGAGGACAUUUUUGAUUUCAUGCCCAUCCUCUUAAAUGCUUUUCUUUAUUGACAAGAAAGAUCAUUCACUGUAAACCAAACACCCACACACAUAAUAAUAAUAAUAAUAAUAAUAAUAAAUAGCCUACAUGUAGCUGAAAUUAAAAGAACAUUAAAUGAUUAGACAGCAUUAGAUAGGUGACAGGAGAAAAAUGCAACGUGGAACCAAAGCUCAAAAAUAAUUAUUGACUUGUAGUGAUUUAUUACGAAACAUGUUACUUGUUCCUUGUUAAUUCAAUAAAUUUAACAAUGUAUAAUUUGUCAGUUACAGUCAGAAACUUUGUUGCGUGUUUAGAAAGAUGUACAAAGUUAAGAUUUAUGUUUUAAUGCUCUUUAUUUUCCAUCAAAGUCUGACAGUACACACGGCUGUUAAUCUACUCACAGGACGCCAGCUCAAGGGAAAAGUAGACAAGAAGAAAGUCCUUUCGCAGUCCUGCUAUUCAUACCACAUGACAGUGGCCAAACCAACUCCCAACACUGGUGACUUUGUUACUUUGAUAUAUUUACCUUGUCUCCAGGAGACAAGUCUGCAAAUACUGGCAGGAUCAGACCAGAGGGCGGAGGGUGCCCGACGCGGGAGAGGGUUCAGAGAGUUUCUAGUCAACACACUUUGCCAGCUAAAUCACAGCCCUGUAUGGCUGCUGCCUGAGUGACGCAGGAAAGAAGUGUUGGAGAAAGCCAAAAGAUGAUUCAAACAUCUGUUCCCUAGAUGGCAAAGAGAUGCGAAUGCAAGCGCCAUUCAGAAAUUACCAGGGGGCUUACUUUUUGAAACAAGAGAGACUCAAUGGGGUAUGACCGUGGGCCUUAAUAGAGGAAAUAUGAAAUGUUGUGAAGCUCAGAAAAUAAAAGGAAACAUGAUGUACUUUUUUUAGUUAUUUUAAUGUCUAGAACUUCCCACCCUUAAAUAAAAAUUAAACAGGAUUCCUUCUUCACACUUUGUGGUUGACCUGAGGUCCAAUAGAGGGUUUUACUUUGACAUUUACCCAAUAAAGAAACCCUACUUUCAUGCACUUUCUUAUCAGCUCUGCGUUUUCUCCUCCAGGGAGCAGCCAAUCUUCAGCGCCCGGGCCCAUGUUUUUCAGAUCGACCCCACCACCAAGAGGAACUGGAUCCCCGCCAGCAAGCAUGCCGUCACAGUGUCCUUUUUCUACGAUGCUAACCGCAAUGUCUAUCGCAUCAUCAGCGUCGGAGGGACGAAGGUACGGGUGAGGAAAAGGAUGAUACUGCUGAUUAUCAUAUUAUUCUUUAUUGUUCUCUCAAACACAGCAGGAGUCGACGUCAUAUCAGCCAUAGUGUGUCGCUCUCAGGCUUGUGGAUUUAGAUUAUGAGGAAGCGACCACAUCCAUCAUUGAGGAGGGGGAGGGGGCUCAGGGUCUACUUGAUCUCCUCUUAGCACCUCUGGUCUGACCCACAUUUCUGCCUCCCAGAAGGCUGUGCGAGGUGGCAGUCGGUCAGUCAGCAGCCCGAUCCUGCCAGGACUGGUGUCUGGUUCCUGACUAAUCUUCAUCGCUGCUCUCACAGUCAAACAUGUUAUGUCAAACAGGCCGACGUAGAAAUGCCAAACUCAGAGUUCAUGUAAUCAUUUGUUGGAUGGUUGAAAAGGUCCCAAAAUCUUCCUGCUAAGCUGCCAUUGCCCCGCAAUUCUGGGAUUUAAACCAGUUGCAUUAUUUUAAAGCCGGAGAUGACGCAAUAAGGUUUAAAAAUAAGUCUGGUCUAAUAUUUUUCUCUCAAAUGCUUAGUGAGAGGGGUCACGAACCUUGUGUAUGUGACUGCUGCUCCAUGAGGUUUUUUUUUUUAUCCUGCUCAAAGCAUUCAUUCCUCAAGAACCCGUGUCUCUCCGGGCUGAUAAAAGCUAAACUCCAGGAAUCGAAGUAAAAAGCAAAUACAUCAUAAAUGUCAAAAUAUGCAAAGAUGUUCUUAAAAAAAGAUGUCAAAUUGCAGUUAUUCAAGCAAUGACGAGGUUCAUGCAGGUUUACUUUUUAUUUAAAUAAAAAAAACUUUGAAAAACAACUUUGACAACUUGAAAAAUUACAGUUAUUACUGGCUUUGUAGCUGUGAAUCUGUUUUUAUCUGCUGUUAGUGCUCUCUAGUUCACGUUUUUCUAUCCUUUUUCUAUCCUUCCCUCUCAGCCCAACACACAGAUGGCUCUUCAUCUUGAGUCUGGUUCAGUUAAAAGGCUGUUUUUUUCUUGCCACUGUUACUUGCUGGUUGUUGCCAAGUGUUUGCUCGUGGUGGACUCACAUUGGAUCUCCAUAAAUAAUAUAUUGGACAAGACAGAACUGAUUUGUCACAAGUAAUAAUAGAUCAGUGACUGGACUUUGAUGUUAGUUGCUACAAACAACAAGUCUGUUAUUGUAUUAACGUGCAAAUAUUCAUACUAGGGAUGGGAAUUGAUUAGAUUUUAUCGAUAUCGAUGCCAUUAUCGAUUCUGCUUAUUGUUUUAAUUCUUUAACGGUUCCCUUAUCAAUGCCUUUCUUUGAUUUACAAAAAGUAGACUAUUGGUUUUCACCGUCAACUCAAAAUUUUAUUAAAUCUCUGGUAACAGAAAAAGACGUAUGCCACUUCAGUGAGAGUCUAAAAAUAAUCAAACCAAUCAAACGUGCUGAGACGGAGCAGCAGCGGCUGACGAACGGCGAAGAGCAACAGAUACAUGUGACUCCUUAUAUUUGAUGUUGUGCCCCAUUGACAAAUGUUAAAGUAUGUUGCUGAUGUUUCCACUUUUGCAUGUUAUCACUGCUCAACAAACAUUGCACGUCACAUUGUUGUCGUCUUUCUUAGUUAAAUGAAGCAACGCUUUCGAGCGUUUCCGCUUACUUUUCGGACCGUCUGCCAUGUUUUUUUCCUCAAGGUCUCUGUUCUCGUUCGUGUAGACUGGCUCUCACGAGACUGUUUUUCAAGGCACUCAGAAAAAAGAAAUUGUUAAGGGAAUCAUAAAGAUAAAAUGUAAAUGAAGUUGAUGGCCGGAACCAUUUGGAACCGGUUCUUGUUGAGUACUGGUUCUCGAUUCCCAGCCCUAAUUCAUACAGAGUUUUUGGAAAGGAAAAGUAGAAAUUUGGCCCAUGGUAAAUUCAGGAACAUUUCAUGUUAUUAAACCUAUCCAACUUUAGUCUGAUAUCUAUCAGGUUUAAGGAUUUUAAAAGAAAGGAUUUGCUUUCAUAUCCUUUUGUGAGUUUUUAUGAUGUGGGUAGCAGGUUUAAAAAAAAGGGCAUUUCAUUAAUUUUUUCAAGCUUCCAAUUAAAAGUGUUUUCCCUCAGCUUUUCAAUUAUCGGUGUAAAGAUGAUUUGAUAAAGAUUCGUCAAGACUGUUGAAAUUGCUCAAUUCUCCAGCUUUCACUGAGUCUUUAUAAAAUGUCCUUUAGCUUGUGUAUGGAUUGAAUGAGGGUUAGGGGCGGGAAGGUUGAGGGUUGUUUUGUAGAUUUGUUUCAUUAUUGUUCAUUUCUGUUUAUGUUCAGCACUUUGAGCACGCAUGUGUGCACCAUUUACAAAUGAAGUGUGCUUGUUUGAUUGAUUUAAAUAAAAAAAAAAAACACCAGAGAACAAUCUAAACUGUCGCUGUGUGGAAGAAAAGGGCACAAAAGGAGGUACCUUUGCUUACUACUCAUUUUAAAGUAGUUAGUUUUGUCUCAGGUUUGGACCAGCUUCUGAACCACAUCUUGUUAUAAACUCUCCACUUUACUAAAAUGAUGCAGACCAACCUGAAUCGGCUCUUUUAUCCUUGUAUUUACAGGCGAUCAUCAACUGCACUGUUACACCCAGCAUGACGUUCACUAAGACGUCCCAGAAGUUUGGGCAGUGGGCGGACAGCAGAGCUAACACUGUGUACGGUCUUGGUUUUGCAACAGAGCAGCAGCUGCACCAGGUAAACUCACCCUUAAGCAAACUUUGGAUAGAACAUCAAGAACUAUCUCUGAUACUCAUUCUUCUAUAUGCUUCAGAGAUUUUCAUUUUUAGUGUUUCAUCAUCUUAAACAUUUCACUCCUUGUCCUCUUUUGCAAAAGUUUGCAGAGAAGUUUAAGGAGGUGAAAGAUGCGGCUCGGCUGGCACGAGAAAAGUCGCAGGAUAAAGAACUGGCCAACACAGCGCUCACCAUUGCUGCUCCUCAGGUGAGUUCUGGAGGAAAAGUGGAGCAAACCCCUAAGAGAACCAAGUGUGAUGAAAAAAACAGAAAGUCAGGAGUCAGAGAAAAGAGUCCAGUCAUAGAGUUUUUGGCAUUUUAGGAAUAAGAAGAGAGUUGAGGCCAAGGUUAGAUGAACACACCUCUGUGUCUCUGCAGCAGCUCACCUGUUAGACAGAGCCGCUGUGAUUAAAUCGAAGGAGGGAUAGAAAGAAAGGCAAAAGAAAGAUGAGCUAGGUCACUCGUCUCUGAGGAAAGAGAAGAGAGGAAAAGUAGGACGCUGGUAAAAUUAUCCUGUGAUGCUCAGCAGUGAACCACAGCUGCAUUUUUCUACCCCGUCCUGUCGAGAAGAGUUUGACUUUAACAGUGUAAUGUUGAAAACGUAGUCAGCUCAGGGCUUUUUGAUCAAUAGAGAAUAAUUACCCAUCAGUUACAUCUGCUUGGUCAUGAGGAACAUGCCCAUUUCCUUUUUAAUUCCACGGCUGAACAGAUUCCAAGUGAUGUCUCUCACUCCGCAUAUUUAUCGAUUUAAUGAACACAUUGGAGGAGCCAAAGCUGCAGAAAAUUACCAACUACGUCAAUUAAGUGUACUUGAUUCCUGCUUAGUAGUGCUGCGCUGCAUAAAUCAUCACACAGCUAAGUGUGUUUGUAGUAUUUCUGAAAAGGUCAUUGUGUUUUAGGAGCUUUGUGUUGACAUGUUCUUUGUUUGUCUUGCUCACCUGAUGGGUUUCCUCUGUAGUUCUCACAGGUGAGUCUUUGUUGUUCUUAUCUUAUUUCUAAGAAAAAUGAAGUUUUUAUUUUGCAAUCAAACUAUCUCAGAGAGCAAUUUGUGUGCAAAAUACACUCUGGAAAUCUUUUAUUUCCUUUCAGUCUGGACCCUAAAGCUUGUGUAUUUCUACCUGCAGUGUUGGGCUGAUAGCUCUUAUUCUGCCAACAAAGGAGAAACCCUAACAGUCUGAAAGUACGGCUCACAAAAGCAAGACUCUGUCAAUCUGAGACGCUGAGCAGAUAGAGAUGAUUUCUCUGCUACAAACGUCCAUGUUUUUAAUAGUAUAGUUAAGCAGCCUUGAACUGUGAAGACAGUGGGAUCCACUUUUCCUCUUCCCUGAAUAAUUAAUGUGUUGAUGAGAUGCUGUGUGUGUUAUCAGGAGAGUCCAUUUACUCAUGUGUUUCUCAGGACCUCUCGGAUGAACUCCAGUCUCCUCCUGUGAUGUGCGUGAAUGGACCGGAGGAUAAGCUUUUCCGCAGCCAGAGCGCAGACAUCACACUUUCCUCUGAGAAGGAGCGCAUUAAAAAGAUGCUCUCUGAAGGGUAACACAAAAACACACAUUAACACAAUAGAAACCAGAGAGACCAUGAACAGUUUCUCCUCCUUUCUCUCAGAGUUCAAUCUCACCUUCUGUUCGAACAGAUACUCUGAUAAGACUUUCUUUGUGAAAGGUGUGUUGUGUGGAGGUGUGGAGAAUCUGUAUCAGGUUAAUGUUUGUGCAUCUCCUCUCUUUAGAAUUCUUACUUAGUACGCUCUAUGUUUCUGUCUUUUCUGCUCUGCUACACUCAUGGUUCAAGCUUGAAAGCUCAUUUACAACAAAAUGAAAAAUAACAAAGUUUAUCUGAUCCAGUACUCACAAACAUAUUUUGAUCUGAGUAUUAGUUCAGUAGUACUUCCAUCAAAGUUGGUUAUUCUUUUUAAAAAAACUGUGCGAGCAAGACGCCUCCCGAGAUCCAACUAUCAGCAGCUGUUUAGCUACACAGCCCACAAGCUCAGGAGUCAACACACCAUGUCCUGAAUUGAUUAGCCCUGAAAAGAGGAUGUGUAGUUUUGUGGUUUUCUUAAGUGGUGCUGAUAGGUAGACUUGCUUUUUUUUUUUGGACAUAGUCAUUAUGCUAAGCCGUUUGCUAUACUGCUACAAAAAUAUUCAAUCAAACUUAUACUUUCUUAAGACGUCACAGCUCAACUCAACUCAACUUUAUUUGUAAAGCACUUUAAAACAACCACAGCUGAACAAAGUGCUGUUCAUAAAUAGACAAAACAAUGCAGACAUGAAAAAAAAAAUAAAAAAAUAAUUAGAACAAUGGUUAAAAUAAAAGCAGAUAUUAAAAAGUAAAAUAUAGUUUCAGUGUUUUUAAAAACUAAUUUAAAAACAAUAGAAACAAUAGAAACAAAUAACUAAAAACAAACCAUAACACACUAAAACAGGAGAAGAGUCACAUGCAGGUUGAAAGCCAAUGAAUAAACAUGGGUUUUAAGACGAGUUUUAAAAAUGCACACCUGGAACAAAGCUUUGUCCUGGUCAACAUCUAGACCCCCUGAUCUGUUGAGUGACAAUGGCCUCAAACAUCUGCAGCUAGCUCUAAUGUAAACAUGUAAACACAACAUCAUGCCUGAACAACAAACUUCAUAAUAAAUGGAGUCAUGUCAGCAACAUUACUCACUGCUUUGCGAAACAGAGUUUUGAAGCAGUCAUCAUGUUUGAAAUACUGACUCAACCUAACAUUCAGUCAACCUCCUUGCAGAUAGCUACAGUGUGCCCGCCUGUCAGUCAAGCCAGCUAUGCCUCUGAUUCGCCGAUCUUAACCUUAACUUUAUGUAACCAAUGUGUGACAAACAAAAUUUACUCUGAGUAAAGUGGGUGCUGUGGGAGUCCUGAGCUAUUCAGACCAAAACAAUGGGCUUUUAUUAACUUAGUGCGUAUGUGGUUUUUAGUGUUUCUGCAGCCAGCCUCAAGUGGUCACUCUGGGAACUGCAGUUUUCUUGCACUUCUGUAUCUGCUUCAUGUCUCAAGGCCAGAAGUUGUUGGCACUUUUGAAGUAGAGAAAGUACAUUUCUGAUGACCUUCUCACUGCAACAAAUACCUCAGUUCUUAUCAGAAUUCCAGCUGAAAACUAUAUUAAACCCUGCUUAGUACAGAAACUAUUGAUAAAUACUGUGCACUUUUACACUUACACACUUUUACACCACUGUAAAAAGCAUUAACUUUUGUCAUGUGGCAAUAUAAUACUGAUGCUAAAUCUCAAUAUCAUUACAAUUACUUGCACAUCAUCAUUAGAGACAUGCCUGUUUUACUAACAGAUACAACAUUUAUGUGAUGGUGAGAAGUAUUGAUCUUGUACACAUUAAAUCUAAAAUCAGCCAAGCUUUCUUCAUGCGGCUGUUACAGAUUUAAUUUAAUCCAGGUUAUCGAUUGGCCUCAGGCAGGUAAUCCAUCACUUUUUUACAGGGUUCACUGAGUAUUAACAUGGCUUUCAUUUGUUGAGUUAAUUACAAUCUGACGUCAUUUCGCUUGUUCUGCUCUCCAGGAAACGAAGUGGUCAUUGAUGAGGUGUUGACUCAUAAAUAACAUCAAAUAGGGCUUGUAAACAUCUUCUCGUUCAGUCCCUUGAGCCACCCACAAUGCCUUUAUAUCUUACAGUCCCAUUAUUAAGACAGAAAGCUGCUGCUGAAUGGUUACCAUGGUAAAUUGUUGUCAUGACAACCCCAAGCUUUACUUGAUGUACAGAGACUAAAUGAAGACACUGAGAUAAAGGGACUCUGACUAAUCUUUUGAGUAAACUAUCAGAGUAUAACAGAUAUUUUUGAGGCUUUUAGACAUUAUUCUUGUAUUUUUACAACCCAGUUUUGAUCAGGUUCACUCUAAGCCAGAUUUGCUUGUGGAAAUGGAAUGAAUGUAACACACAGGGAGUCUUAACAUUAAGGACAUGCAGCAUUAGUUAGAUGUAGCGGUAUCAUUGACUGGGUGGGCUAAAAAUGAGAGAAAUUUCACAGAAUGCUUCCAAACUUACCUGUCCAGUUAUCAUGAUUCAUGACUAUCUCCUCUUUUUCCUUCAUUAGUCUCUUGUCUUCAUAAAUUUGGCAAAGGAUGACAACGCAAAUUAGUAUGAGUGUGUAAAGAGUCUCUCUUUCCCCCAGAACAUUGUCUCUCACUGUCUGGUGACCUGAUAAAAACCUUCCAGUUUGGUCUUGUUGUUUGCUCUCUUGGAAUUUUAAUGAGCGUGCCUUUGCUUUGUUAUAAACCUCUGACAUGACCUUCAGUAGGUGUUGUGUCGCAGGCUAGAGUCUUAGGUUUAGCCUCCUUAAUGUUGCUGUAAUGGCUCACUGACUGUGCUGACCAAGCAAAGAGUGUUUAUCAUCUUUUAGGCAGCAGGAGGAGAUGGUUAAGAUGAACAGUCAUCUUCGAUAAAGAGCUACACUGUCUCAUUUUCUCACAGAUAAUAACUGCGUCAUUCAUCACUCCAGUCCUCUCUGACUUAAACUUAAAAAUUCUCUGAUUUUAAAGCUGAAAAACUUUCAAGUGACAUUGCACAAUUUAGCUCUCAGGUAAAUAAAAGAUAACUGUAUAAUCUCAGUGCUGUACCAAACUAGAAUUGUCCAGAUUUCCAAUUUUUCUGUGCACAAUGGGAGCCUCUCAUCCAUGUAAGCUUAAAAUAUUUACCAACCAUGAGAAAAAUGAGCCUUACUAUCACACAGCUUGUAAAAUGUAUCAUGUCAUUGGUAUCGUCAACCCUAUUAUUCGGCUUGAUGGAAACAUUAUUAAAUACAUAUUAGAUGAAAAUCUAAUAAAUAAGUACCCAUGAUUUACAGAGUUCUAUUUGUGUAUUUCAGGUCUAUUUGUGAGAUGAACCUGGAGGCGGAGCUGUUCACUCUGCAGGACAGUAACUCCAAACUGGUGGCUGCGUUGCAUGAAGCUAACGCUAACGUGGAGCAGUGGAAAAAACAGCUGGCAGCAUAUCAGGAGGAGACUGAGCGACUUAGAGACCAGGUGAGACUGCUGUGUUUAGACUGAAAUCAAAUCUGAAGUACAAAGGAACAUUUGGUUAUUUCAAGUUGUCAAAUUACUUGGGAAAUAUAUUGUACUGUGCUAUUUUUACCAUUCAAAACAAAAGCAGCUGCAGAGUCUUGUAGUCUCCCUAUCCAUCCUAAUGCUUGGGGCACAGAUGCUUUAAAGCUGCUUUUUGUUGGAGCAGCAGAAGGGAUACUACUUUAAGACCAGUGCUGAACCACUUGUAUAAAUUGUAUCUCAGAUAUUUAUUUUUAAGUUUUUGCCUGAAUUUUGUCACCCAAAAUACCCAAUUUCAGUCAAUAAAAGAGCUUUGGUAUCAUACAUUACAUGCCAAAAUGACUGUUUAGAGCUCCUGUUAAAAACUUUCAGUGUCUGGUGAGUUCGGCGUCAACAAUGCUUUCUCUUUGAGGACUUUGUCUUGCAUUGGUAUCACCAGCUCUAUUAUUCAGCUUGAUGGAAACAUUAUAAAAUGCAUAUUAGAUGCAACACAAAUAAAUAAGUACACAUGGUUUACAGAGACGUAUAAUUCAAUUCGCUGGUGUGGGCCUUAAAGUCAAUCUCAAAGCAUAUUUUAUCUGUUAGAGUCUUUUUUUUUUCAAGUGUUUUAUUAUCAAGAGGUUGGUUUUGAAUCUGAGGAGACGGCACAGGUUGAUGAACAUUUGCAUCAGGCCAAAAGACCUUCAUGCUUCACUGAGUCCGACACUGAGAAGUUGUUCUCUUGUUUGCUGUGGCCACGACAUGUUUGUUUGUUGUUUUCUGCAGGGCAGAGGCUGAUGAUCAAGGUCACAUUUAGUAUUUAUCAGUUCUUGAGCCAUUAGGCUCUGACACAGGAAGGGUUUUAAAACCUGAUCAAGGUGAUGAAACUGUCACUCAAACUUAGUAGAGUCUCAGUGCCAGCCAAGUUUUUCCAAGUUUUUUUUAUUCUUUAAUUUUAUCAACUAAUCAUUUUGUUGUUGUUGUUGUGGAUGUUUUUUUCUGCUUUUAUUUGAAAGGACAGCAAAAGAUAGACAGGAAAUGUGGGGAGUAGAGAGUGGGGGAAGACAUGCCGCAAGGAAGGCUUGUAGGUUUCGAACCAGUAACUGCUAUACCCUCUAAACAUGGGACACUUAAGACUGUUGUGCUAUGUGCGCCCUGGUUCUGUAUUUUAAAUAGAUGGAUAGAUGUUAGGUAAAUUCUGCUUCACAAUAAUAGGAAUAGUCCAAACUCAAAGGGUCAAAAAGUGACAUUGUGAUGAACGCUUGGCUGCCAGCAGCCAGUUCUCCCGGUAGUAACUUUUCUAAAAUUCCUGCUUGAAACUCCAAAAGUCAGGAGUAUGUUAGCAUGUACAGUUAAGUCAGGCUACGGUCAAAGGUCAUUUUUUACAUCCUUCCUUUGUCCGUUGGGGUUUUGUUUACUACCCUGUUUCCUAGCAACACAUCAAUGCUGUUCAGCUUCCAGCUCAAAGCCUGGUGUUCAAACAGAACUCUGCACUCGAGUCAGUUGGGAAGUCAGAUGUCCGAGCUGGGAAUGACGUCACUACCAGCGUUUUGGUUACCAAAUUGCAAAAAAGCAAAAUCAGAGGCGGACACAAGAUGGCAACAUCUACGAAAGUUAUUAUAGCAUUUGCUUCGUCCGAGUAUGAGCAGCUUCUAAACAAAUAUGUGGUCCUUCUUCAACAUCUUGUUUUCGCCUCUGAUUUACCUUUUUUUCCAACUUGGUAACUGAAACGCUAGUAACUCGGUAGUAACGUCAUUCCCAGCUCGGACAUCUGACUUCUGAGGUAACUCGAACACAGCAUUAGGCCAGUCACAGUUCAGUUAACUCUUGUAUAUGACAGAAAACCCUUGCUGCAUUUUCCAGGUAUGUUCGCCCGACUAUAGGAAGUUCAAUUUAGUGCGAUUUCAGUCAGACUAACUCUUUUACAUGUUUUUUUAAAGUCCAGUUUCAGUCAGACAAAGGCCAUAAAUAGCUGUAUUUUUUUAAACAACAUGUAAACAUACUGAAUAACCUCUGCAUUUUAUGACAUGGCCCAUUUGGGUGUUUUACUGCCUCGUCUUGACACAGUUGUAUUUGGAUGAUAUUUGAACUGGUCCGCCAUGCUCAUGCCAAUGUCACAUUUUAAUGAGGAAGAGUGGGUCUAAAUAUGCUGAGCCUCUAGAGGGUUUUGCAUUUGAAUCACUCCUCUCAGGUUCCAGUGGAUGCAGAUGCCUCUGGUCUUCAGCCUGUCACUUAUCAAUAAGAAGCUUUUGCUGCUGGCUGAUUCUUCUGGGAGUGACCUCUCCUCAGGCGGGCAAUUACAGACCUCUCUGACUCUACGCUUAAUACUCUGAUCCCUUUCAAUCAUAGCCUGCCCAUAUACAGUAUCGAUCAGUACUUCUUGAUUCUCCACCACUCGUCUGGUAUUUAGGAGGACUUUUCAGUGUUUGGUUCAAAUAUGAGAAAAUUCGAAGUCUUUUUUUUCUUCCUCUGGACCAAGUAUGUCCCCUCUAUGUGAAGAAAGGGACCAGGUGGCUGGCUGAAAAUGGUUCACGUCUCCCGGGUGGAGUGAGAGGAAGAGGGGUUUGUAGGACAGCUAUAUCCUACUUUCAAUGCCCCAGUUAGGAAGAAAUGAAAAAUCACCAGAGGGAGCUGGCAUCCACAAGUUUUCUCUUUUUUUUCUGCUUCUGCUUUCAACCACUCCUCCAAGUCUCAACCAUACAAGGUUUAAAAUAAUCCAGUCUGUCACUGUUUGACCUAGGGGGCAUUUUUCAAGCGUCCGUCUGCUUUUGUCUGGUUCAUACGGCCCAGAUGACGGUGCAGAGAGCAUAUGAAUCUUACUUCAAAAGAGUAGUUGACUGACUGAAGAUAAUGUUGUAAUGUAUGCUUGUAAGUUUAGUUGGUUGGGCCCCUCUUCAAUACAGGAAUCAUGGAGAACAAGUUCACAAUGAUCGCCCACCUGCCACACACUUCGUACAUUUAAACAACAGUUAUAUUUGGAGUAACUACAUCACAAACUAUCUCCAUGUAGUUUGCUCCAGUUUCUCAUUUGAUUGUUACUGAGAUUAUUAAUGACUGUCAGCAUCUUCACUCUCUGCUGCUCAGAGCUGCGUUCCAUGAACUCUCAUCCUGACAGGAUUAAAAAGUACACAAUGAGCUGGAUGUUGAGCUCCUUGCCGUUUUAUCAUGGAGUAUAUUCAUAACAGAUGUGACAGGUUAAACAAUUUAUAUACAUUCUUGAGCAAGCCAACAAAAAAGCUGAUUUUACUCCUUAUACCAGAGGUAAAAAAAAUUCAUAUCAUUGACUUUAAGUGUUUUAGCAUUUAUCUCUUUCUAGUUUUAAUGGCAGGAUCGUCUUUUAUUGAGCUAUUUUGGUGCUCUUAUUCUAGUAUCUUUUACUGUUGUUUUUAUUUCAUUUCAUUUAUUAUUUCUUAAAUUUCAUUUUUUGUUUCUCUGUUUUUAGAUUUUAACCUAACCUCCACUGUUUGCUUAUCUUUAAUUUUAAAAUGGUGUUUCCUCAGUGCGCACAUUCCUGUUUCUAUGAAAUCAAGCCCUUUUCAACUUAAUGCAUUUUAAUACGUUCCUGUUGUGUUUAGAUCGUGGGGUGGGAAUGAGGGGUUGGGUUGGGGUAGAUUCGGGUAUUCUUGUUUCUUUUAUUCCUUUUUCUGUGUAAAGCACUUUGUGCUACAUGGUUGUGUAUGAACAGUGCUAUAUAAAUAAAGACUGAUUGAUUGAUUGAUAGUCAUGUCAAAUGGAUGUUAAUAGACUCCAUGUGUAGAUUGAACCAUUAUGCUUCUGAGACAGAGUAAAUGUGAUUAAAAGAACUUCCACUAAUACAUGCUAGGUUCAUGGAAAAGCCUGUUACUAUUAGCACUAAAAGCAAAUUAAGGGCCCGGCUUAUAUUGAAGGAUUUGUCUAUACAUGAGAUAUUUAUAUUUAUAUUCAGCCUGCUAAGCAUGAGUCAUUUCUCUGUGUUAUAAGGUGGCUGAAUUAGAAACUCAUGGAGGCCACGGCCCGAGUGACCUGCUGAAAGACGAGCUGACCCAGUCUCUGGAGGAGCUGGAGUCCCUUCUGAAGGCCAAAGAUGAGGUUGGUACUUUUUGUUCCAGUUUGCUAUGAACAAGAGACAGAGAUGGGACACUGGCAUGUUUGACUAUGCAGUGUAACCCUAUCAUGAUGAACAUGGUUUCAUCCUUUUAUCUUUUUUUUUUUUUAGGAAAUUCACAUUUUGCAAAACAAGAAAGCAGAUUAUCACGAGAUGGAACAGGAUAGAGAUGAGGCCAUUCGUAGAUUACGGGUAAGUGAGAUAAAAAAAAUGAAUAAAAUGAAUGGUUUAAGAAUUAUGUUCAGAUUUUUUGAGCAACAGAGGCAGUACCUGUGUUUGCAUUUUCCUUCUCUCUUCCUCUCUGCAGGAGAUGGAGAUGCGAAAUUCAGAGCUGGAGCGUCGCAUCCAAAACUCAGAGCAGAACCUGAACAACACUUUGGAGGACCGUGAUCGCAUGGAUGCAGAAAUCCAGAGGGCCAUCGAAAUUCUGGACAUAAAGAUCUUUGACCUCAAUGAUCUCCGACAGAGCUUGUUCAAACUUAUUGACAAAUAA